AUGAAUAAAUUCAGUAUUGUUAUAUUAUUAUUAUCAGUUUUGUUGAUAAAGGUAAAUGCUGAUUCAUACAAGAGUUAUAUUACAUUAAAGUCACAAAAAACUGGUAGAUUUUUACAGGUUUUUGAUACCAACUACAGAUGGAAACCAAAUCACACUAGUUCAUUAAAAACUGUUAGUUUAAAUAAUUUAAAUGAUAGAUUGGGCUAUUUCUUUUAUGAAAAUGGAAAAUUACAGAAUGAUUAUUUCGAAAAAAUGGGUUUAACUUUUAAUUAUAUUACAAGUGAUAUGAUAUCAAUUAGUAGUAAUGAAGGAUAUUUAACAGAAAACAAUAACUUUGGUAUAGAUUAUUCAUUCGUUAACUACACCUAUUGGACAAUAAAUGUUUUAAAUAAUUUUACCAAUUUCGACCAUCAGUUACAUCCAUUAUUAUAUAAACAAAUUACAAUCCAAUCAAACGUCACCCAAAAGGUAUUUGAUGUUUCAAACACUACUUGGUACUCUGAAGAUUUCAAUGGCUUAAAUAAAAAAAUCGCAUUGUCUUAUUCAACAUCUGAAUACAACACUACCUUUACCCUUAUCCCAGUUAAUAACGGUAAGGUUGUUAUUAAAGAUUUGUAUGGCAACUAUUUAUCAUCAGAUCCAACCGAUAGAAGAGUUUUUACAAUUCAACAUUUAGGUGAUUGGGAAAAAAUGUAUUUAGUAAGACAACCCAAUAAUUUAUAUAAAAUCGCAAGUCCAUAUGCAUGGCUUUAUGAUAAUGGUAUUAAUUUGGGUUGGAUCACAAGCUCAAAUUUUGCUUCCGAUUUUAUAAUUUCUUUAAAAAAUUCAACACAAGAACCAACACAAGAGCCAACACCAGAGCCAACAGAACAACCAACACCAGAGCCAACAGAACAACCAACACCAGAGCCAACAGAACAGCCAACACCAGAACCAACACCAGCACCACAAAGUGUCACUUGCACCAAAUACCGAGAUUCAUUAUUAAUUCAAAGUAACGAGGCAAUUGAAUGUAUUGGAAAUGGCAUAACACAUUGUACAGAUUCAUUUGAUGAUACAUGCUCAACUGAUACACACAGUGGUUCUAUAAAAUGUACAACCAAAGGUACUUCUAUGAAUUGUUUAGGUGACCAUAUUGUCUGUAAAUCUGGUUAUCUAACAUGCUCUGUUAAUAAAAAGGUAUCAAAUAGACUCGAAAUUGAGGAUUCAUCAAGUAACAAUUAA